AUGAUUAUUAGAGGGUUCCCGCCGAGCGUGUUCUUCGGAAGUGGAUUCGGACACAAACCCAGCCUUGCAAGGGCAGCUGCAGCAAAGGACCUCGUAGACAAGUGCUUACGAAUCGGAUUGAUUUCAGAAGAUCUACACACUUCUAUUGCGAAUCAUCCAUUCUUCAAGAAACGAGAACUUCCACGAAAAGACUACAAUUUGGCCAUGGAUGCGCUUGCUAAUGUGGAUCAGAAACUCUCUAUAGGUACGUUGAGAUACUGUUCAUUGCAUGAGUGA